UUCUUCCCAGUGGCUUCCCUGGUCACAUGGGCUACGCGUGAGAGUUUAAAAGCGCCUAAAACCCUUCGAGCCGGUGCAGAAGAAGCUGGUGGCUCCAUCGUCCGAGGAGCGAGGCUGGGGCGUGCCGGGCGCUGGAGCGGAGGCCGCCGGCGGCGGCGGGCGGGGAAGCGCUGAAAUCCCAGUUCUACCCCACCAGGGUCAAGUGCAGCGUGUGGAGGAAUCCUGAGGAAUUUGAUGAGAAAUCGGGGACGCCCCUGGGAAUUCAGACCGGUGGAAAGAUGGCCAAUCCUGUCCCGUCAGCCUGCUGCAUGGUGCUCGCCGCAGUCGUGAUGGUGUAUGCUCAGAGGCACAGCGAGCUGGACAUGCAGGUCCAGUACGAGCGGCUGGGCGCAGAUGUGACCAUGCAGUGCGGGGCGAUGGACUGGGAUGCGGCCGUGACCUGGUCGGCCAACGGCACCGACAUGGAUGAGUCCCACCUCAACGGGUCGCGCCUGGUGCUGCGCAAUGUUGACCUCACACGCACUGGCCAGUACGCCUGCUACGAAGGCUCCUCGUGGCACCUCAAAUACCAGACCUACCUGAAAGUGGGAACCUCGCCCAAGGAGCCAGUGCUGAUGUGUCGAUCCAACAACUACCCCAAGGGAUUCUACUGCAGUUGGCACCUGCCUAGUCCCACGUACAUCCCCAACACCUUCAAUAUCACCGUCAUGCAUGGCCCGAGAGAGUUGGUCUGUGAGAAAGACGCUUUCCCCAAAAACAGGUGUCACAUCAGAUAUCUCCAGCUGUUCUCCACGGUGAAGUACAAGGUGACCUUGACAGUCACGAAUGCCCUGGGCAGAAACGCCACCACAAUCACCUUUGACGAGUUCGCCAUAGUAAAGCCGGACCCUCCAGAGAAUGUGGUGGCCAAGCCAGUAUCCAACAACCCCCGGAGGCUCGAAGUGAGGUGGCAGAACCCUUCCUCUUGGCCUGACCCCGAGUCCUUUCCGCUCAAAUUCUUCUUGAGGUAUCGCCCCCUCAUCCUUGACCAGUGGCAACAUGUGGAGCUGUCCGACGGGACGUCCCACACCAUCACCGACGCCUACGCCGGCAAGGAGUACAUCAUCCAGGUGGCCGCCAAGGACAACGACAUCGGCACGUGGAGCGACUGGAGCGUCGCUGUGCACGCCACGCCCUGGACGGAGGAGCCCAAGCACCUCACCACGGAAGCCCCGGUGGCAGAGACGACCACCACCAGCAGCUCCUCCUUCGUGCCGCCCCCCACCACCAAGAUCUGCGACCAGGAGGCCGUUGUCGGCAGCGGGGCCGUGACCAUGUCCUGGGCGGCGGGAUUGGUACUGGCAGCAGCUGGCGUUCUGUUUAUUUAGCGGACGUAUGACAUUUCUCUUCAUCGCUUCACUUUGUAGAAGGACAGACCUGCCGCGCCGCGAGGAUUUCCCCGCCCCGAACUGCCGGGGGGACCGCGGAACCUUUACAAAAAGAGAGAGAGAGAGCGAGAGAGACACCCCCACUCCCCUGAUGCCCCCCCCCCACAAACAGCGAGAUGCCAACCCCGGCCGCGCUGCAGAGGAGAGCGCCAGCCGCCCUGGGCGAGAGAUCGGAUCAUACAGCUAAACCGCCAUGCCAAAGAUGCUUCGCUACUUCGCUUCACGCCCACGGCGCCCUGCUGCCCCCGCUGCCACAACACGGGUGACAAAACGUGUCAAACACACACGGGACAGGGGAGGGGCCUUGAAACCACAAUGAGCCUCGUAAGGGAGCGACCCCCUCCACCCGCUCCUCGGGGGGGGCGCCGAAGAACUGAACUGGCUUCCAGAAGCCCCAGGCUGGAGGGGCAGCGGGGGGUUUAGUCCCCCCAGAUGCGGUUCCCCACCCCCAGCCCCCGUGCGACAGAGGACAUAAGCACUGUUUUCAUGAGCGCAGACGAGCGCAUUGGGGGCUUUCUUUUUUACAGGAAACAGGAAUCUGAGAACAACAGCCACACCGACCCUCCUCCCUCCGCCGUCCGCCUGCACUGGACUCCCGGCGCCUCCCAGCCCCCCACCCGUGCCCCCCAGCCCGGGCGAAAUCAGCGAGGAGACAAUAGCUACAGUGAAGUCUGCGACUCUCCCCCGUCCCGUUGCCUGGUUGUCUCUCUUUUUAUCACCUCCCUUCCAUUUCUACAGGGAAGCGCCUCGGUUUCUGUAUUUGUCUUAUUACCGAAAAACAAAUAUUCAUAAUGGAACUGUACGACACAAACGUAUCUCCCCCCCACGCUCGUCCGUUGCCCCCAUCCUUCGUUCUCUCCUCCCCGCACUCCCGCCACACCCCGGUCCUGUUUUGUAAGACAGCACCCUGCCCGUUCCGAGCGCAGUAUUUAAUACCUGAUGUCCUAGUAUUCCAAAAGUUAACAUGCUGUAUUUGAAUUUUUUAUAGAUGUAUAUAUAAAAAAACAAACAAAAAAACCCACACACACACACCCCCAUCCCAAAACAGCCAACAACAACAAAAAACAACCCAGGAAAGAGGUUGUUCAUUAAACGUGAUCAUUUCGUGAUGA